GUACACUGUACCAUGUAUCGCACAGCCAACCAAACAGCAGCACUGACGCUUGAAGGUAUCAACGUGCUGGCAGCCAACGGUAUUGACGCUGGUCAUUUGGCAAUCGCUCAGCAGCUCAAGACUCCGGUGAUUCUACUCUACAGAUACCAUGGCCAAGAAGACGAAAGCUCCCGUUGCCGUGAAGCCUGCGUCCAGCAGCGACAGCUCGUCUGACUCCAGCAGUGACGAGGCGCCGCAGAAGGUUGUGGUGGCCAAGAAGGGAUCCAAGGCUGCCCCGAAGAAGCCCGUUGACUCGGACAGCUCGGAUUCGGACUCGAGCUCCGACGAGGAGGAGGCUCCGAAGAAGGUUGUGGCUAAGAAACCCGCUGCUAAGAAGGAGGAAUCGAGCUCGGAUUCGUCGGACUCGUCUUCGGAUGAGGAGGAGGCGCCUAAGAAGGUCACGCCUUCAAAGAAGGUCGUUGCUAAGAAGGAGAGCUCUGACUCGAGCUCUGAUUCGUCGUCGGACGAGGAGGAGGCUCCUAAGAAGGCUACCCCUACCAAAAAGGUCGCUGCUAAGAAGGAAGAGAGCUCCGACUCCUCGGACUCGUCUUCGGAUGAGGAGGAGACUACUAUUGUCUCCAAGAAGCGUAAGAACUCGGACGCCGGUGAGAAGUCCAACAAGGUGCAGAAGCAGGAGAACGGUGAUGCCGCUGCUGUGGCCAACCCGCAAAAGACCCUGGAGAUCUUCAUUGCAGGCCUGCCUUGGUCCGCUACCGAGGACGAGGUCAAGGAGCACUUCGCUGGCUGCGGCGAGGUGACUGCUGCUCGCAUUCCUCUGCAGAACGGCCGCUCUUCCGGUACCGCUUUCGUGACCUUCGCCACCCCCGAGGCUGCUGAGGCAGCUCUUGCCAUGGACGGACAGGACUUCGGUGGUCGUUGGAUGAAGAUCCGCACGGCUGAGAAAAAGAACAUGUUCGACGAGAAGCCGGACGGCUGCACCAGCAUCUUCAUUGGCAACCUUGCUUGGGAUGUGGACGAGAACACGGUGCGUGAGACUUUCGCUGAGUGCGGUGAGAUCACCAGCUGCCGUCUGGCUACGGACCGCGAGACCGGUGAGUUCCGCGGCUUCGGACACGUUGACUUCGCCACGACGGAGGCUGUCGACGAGGCUGUGAAGCUGGCUGGUUCGUACGUGAACGGCCGUGCCAUUCGUGUGAACUACGCCAAGUCUCGCGACAAUAACGGCGGCGGUGGUCGCGGUGGCUUCGGCGGACGUGGCGGUGGUCGUGGCGGACGUGGUGGACGUGGUGGUUUCGACGGCGGCCGUGGCGGAGGCCGAGGCUUUGGUGGACGUGGAGGCGGCCGGGGUCGCGGUGGAGGCCGUGGUGGACGUGGAGGACGUGGUGGCCGUGGCGACGGCCCGCCUAAGCGUCAGUCGUCGUCCAUCCAGAACUUCCAGGGUUCCAAGGUGACUUUCGACUAAUUUAAUGGGGACAACCUUCACGUAGGCCAAGGAUACACUGUCGUGUAUUGACUAGUUUUGCAUUGCUUUGAGCUUCAAUCGAUUCUGUUUACAUAGACUCAAAAACGUUUUGUUAGUGGCAUUCCAACUUUGAAUUCUACAGGUACGGCGUCGGUGAGGGCAAACUUGGCGU